ACCUAUCGAGCAGCACUUGUCAUCGUCCCACGUCAUAGCCCAAGCAAAUUUAUUUAAAGUGUAUUUAAAAUGGAUAAAGAUAAAUUUACGCUGCAAACUAUAAGGCAAGACCUGAUUGACAACAAUCUGCAAGCCAAGGCAAUUAUACAAGAUAUACUUAACAGCCGGGGCUCGCUGGCGGAGCUGGAAGAGCUGAAUGAAGCCGGUCGCGGCAAGCUGUCAGCUAUACGCAAAAAUAUUGAACGUUUGGAUAACUGGGCACGUGACAUGUGCGAUGCAAAUUUACUAAAAGACGUGGACACGCAUCGUGAUGAAUUCUCGAAAACAUUGCAAGCAUUCCGUAAGGCCAAUGUCUCAACCAUGCUGGAGAUUGAGAAAGCUAAUCGUGAGGAGCUCAUGGCUAUUACCGGUGAGAGUGAGCUGCGUCAGCGCACCACUCGUGGCACGCGGCACAAUCGUGGCAGCGUCGUCUCCCAGGAAAACGAUGUCACCGAGAAGAUGCUGGCCAUAUCGCGGCAUCUAUCGGAAACCACACAAAAGAGCGCAGUUACGCUGGAGACAUUGGUCGCCUCCUCACAGAACGUGGAAGCCACUAGUGAUGAGUUGCAGCAUACGGCGGGUAGCAUUACACAGUCCGGCAAGCUAUUGAAGAAGUACGGACGACGCGAGUGCACGGAUAAAAUGCUUUUGUUUUUUGCUUUUUGUCUAUUUCUAGCCUGUGUCUUUUAUAUUGUGCAAAAGCGUUUAUUUUAAAUAAUAGUGUUU